AAAACUUUUAAAAGGAAGAUGGUUGAACGGAGCAGGCUGGCGACGCAUGGGUGCAUGGAGGGAAGGACCAAUGCACCUACACUCGAUUGGAUUUGUACAGGGUUUGCAAGGCAGAUACACAGGUUUUGCUCCGAUGGUCCGACCGGCCAUUUUCCAGGAGAGCAUUGAUGCUUGAUCCUUACCCAAGGAGACAAUUAGCUGCAAUCAAGCUGCAAGUGCAUCUCUGGGGGUAAACAUGUCUUCAGAAGGCGGCAGUAUGGAUGCGGCAACCGCUGCACUAAUCAACAAUCUGCCUGAGGAGUUCCUGCCGCGUCGCAGGCCUGCGCGGGCCUGUGUUGCUGCAGCAAAGCAAAAGCUCGAAGAGGAGGCUAGGGAGGAGCGGGAAGAGAGGUUGAGGGCGACUCGCGAGGCCAAAGAUAGGGCGGCUGCCAAGAAGGCAGCUCGCAGUGCAAAGAAAGUAGCGGCAGCUGAUCGCUUGCAGGAAAACUUAGGGGAGCACGAGGAGAAUGACGGGCCUGAUGGUCCUGGUGUUGAAGACGAAGACCUGAGCGCCGGCUUAGAUCCAGAAAUCUAUGAGUUGCGGUGCAUGUGGGAGCUUGCAUCAAUCCUGAACUUCUUGAAUGUUUACAAGGACAUCCUCAACAUUCCCAUUGCAUUUGAUGCCACCGAACUGGAGAGCGCAUUGCUCGAGCCGUUGGCCCCCUCCCUGCUGAAGGAUCUCCACAUUGCUCUUCUCAAGGGGGUGCCUCCAGUUCCAAAAAAUCUUGAUAGAAGUACUUGGGCAUACGACCUCUUCAGAAAGCUGAAGGACAAAUGGUGGCAGUUUGCUGGGGGGGGUUCUCCAAUCACACCAGCGAUCCCAAAGGGGGAAGAAGAUGCGGCGUAUGACCAGUUGUCUCCUCGGGACCGCGUGCGAAUCCUGAAGGCCCUCUGCGAGAUGCGAAACGAUCAAGACGACUGCCGAGACGCCAUGGAACAGAGCAUCAAAAUCGGGGUCAUGCCAGAGUCUGUACAGCUCCAAGCGACCGGGUGGGAUUCGAAGAAUCGAACCUACUGGUACGAGGACAACUACUACGCGGGCACUCGGCUGUACCGCGAGACGCGCACCCGCGGGGGGCCCAAGCGCGGCAUCGGCAUCCAUGCGCUGGAGCCGGAGCCCGGCAAGUGGGAAACGGUGUGCGCGCAGGUCGACGACUUCAAGCGGGUCGCCGAGCGCUUUGCCAGCAGCGGCAACAGGAAGGAGCAGCGGCUCGGGAAGUUCAUCCGGGACGAGCUGCUAGCGGAGCUGGAGGAGAAGGAGCGGCAACGAGAAAAGCGGCUUAGGCGGCAGCAGCGGCAGGCGGAGAACCUGCAGAUUCUCCUGAGCGGUCCAGGGCUGGCGUUUGGAAGGUCGAAGAGGGAGCGGAAGCAAGUGGAUUACAGCUACGAUGAUUACGACCAGGUCAUUCGAGACGCAACAAGGAAAGGAGCACGGCACAGCUCACCGCCACGGAGGUUCGGCCGCGAAAACGGCCAUGCCAGCGGCCAGGAUCACGAUCCGUAUGGAGCUAGAAGGAGCGAGCGCCACCGCCGGCCCGGCAUCUCUGCGAGCGGCGCCGAGAGCGGCGGCGACGCGGGCCUCGACAGCGACGCCGCCGAGCGGCGGAGCCACCGGGAGCGGCGGCCGAGCAACCGCGUGACGCAGGCGCAGGAGACGAUGCAGGCGGUGGCGGACCAGGAAGAAGAUGCGCAGCCGCUGGGGGAGGUGGUGUAUGACGAUGAAAAGCGCGGGCAAGUGGAGGCGGGGGAGCGGAGUGAGAGCGAGGAGCUGCCGGAUGCGGGCGCACAGGAGGACAAGGACGACGAGGAGUACAUGGGAAGCAAUGAAGAGGACGAGGAGGAAGAUGAGGACGAGGAAGACUUUGACCCAGAGGACGAGGACGGGCAAAGGGGAGGCCGGAAAGCCCGUCGGCAAUCUGGCGCACGCUCUAGGUACCGCGAGGACUUCGGCUCCGGCGAGUCGGACGGCGACGCCCGGCGGCCCGCCCGCGGCGGCCUCCGGCAGAAGGAGCGGAAGCGCUACCGGGACGGCGACAACGAAGACGACUCCGACGCCGAUUUGGACGCCCUGCUGAACGAGUCGGACCACGAGGCCCGUGGCCGGAAGCGGCACAAGAGCGGGGGGAGCGGCCGGCGGCCGGUGGGGCGGCGAAAGACUCGGGGGGAGGAGUGGUCUGAGGAAGACGGGGGCGGGUUGGGGGGCCCAAGGAGGCCCACCCGGGAAAAGAAGCAGGUGGACUAUGCAAAGCUGGACGAUGUGGAGUUGGAGGAGGACGAGGAGAACGGCGCUGCGCAGCAGGCUGUCGAGGAGAGGGAGGGGCCCUACGAGCACAAUGGCGGUUCUGACCAAGCUCAAGAGGACCGGGAUGGGGGCCGUGACGCCGCGGGCGAAAGCUCCGGGGAGGACUCCGAACUGUAUGCUGGAGAGCCGACCCCCAAGCAAUAUGGACAGCCAGAUCACGAGACCAACUCGUUGCGGCCUGCACAAAGAGGUAGGAUUGACGCGUAUCCGAACGGUAGCGAAGCAGAGGAAGAGGAGCGGCUGGGUGGCGCACGAGUUGAUGUAGGGGAGGAGCUGGAAGCUCUUGAGGUAUUAGGCAAGCUUGUUAAGGGCCAUGGCCCGAAGCAAGCGCACGCUCUUCCAUCAAGUGGCAACGAGGAAGUCAGUGAAUAUGAGCCGGAACAAUCGGGCGAUGAAGCUUCUGAGGAGGACGGCAUUGACGAGUACGACGAUUGAAGCAAAAGCCUACAGCAUAAUGCUCGACUUGUUUGAAUAGAAAGGUACCAGCCUCGAUUCAGGUGGACGAACGUCCAUGUUACAGGGCAGGAUCUUAGUCGCUGGCCCAAGUAUAGUCUUCAUGACACGUGAUUGUAAGCUUAAGAAUUUCAGCUUGCUUAUGAGGACGAUCUCCUGUUCUUCAAUUCUAGUCCGUUGCAAUUUCUUCG